AAAUCUGCUCAAGUGGGAUGUUGUGUGAUGGUUUCCCGGGAUGACUGUGGGUAGUUAACGUGCACAGACCAUAACUGCAUCCCCCUAUCUCCUUUUUUCUUCAGGCAGACAUGUAUGUGCAUGUGAGCUACUUUUCUUUACUCUUCACUAAGAGGAGGAGCCUGGCCGUCCUCAUUGGUUGACAAAGGCCCUCCCUCCUGACUUUUAAAACCCUGCCUCCUUACCUGUACUGCAAAGAGCCCCAGCUCCUCACCUAGUCACUGGUCAUCUGUCUGUCUUCUUGAAAUAAAUCUGCUCUAAAAGGAACAUUUACUGUGAAAGGAAGCCUCUCGGAACUUCUUGGGGACUCGUUCAGUGUUUUCAUCAAAGGUAACAGCUACAGCUGUAGCAGAAGUGUCUUGAGAAGAAGCCUCCUCGCCAAGUCUCGUCCCUGAAAGUCCGGAGAACCGCCUCUCGUCCUCCUGUGGAUUCAUCAUGCCGGGAAUCGCGGAUCGCAUGGAGCUGAAGAGGAUCGCCACGGAAGCUGACGACGACAGCAUGGAGAGCUACACGGAGCCCAACGACAUGGAAAAGGCCACGAUCAACAGCCAGUUCAUGGACGACAACGAGGACGGAGAAAGCCACCGGUUCCUGGCAAACGGGAUGAUGAAGAAGAAGUAUGAGGAAUACCCAGAAGAAUAUCAUCCGGGCCACACCUCCUUCGGCAUGUCGGUCUUCAACCUGAGCAACGCCAUCAUGGGCAGCGGCAUCCUGGGCCUGUCCUACGCCAUGGCCAACACCGGCAUCGUCCUCUUCACGAUCCUCCUGGUGGGCGUGGCCAUCCUCUCCCUGUACUCCGUUCACCUGCUGCUCAUGACCGCUAAAGAAGGAGGAUCCCUCAUCUAUGAGAAGCUGGGAGAGCGAGCCUUCGGCUGGCCAGGAAAGAUGGCUGCCUUCGUAGCAAUAAUCAUGCAGAACAUAGGAGCCAUGUCCAGCUACCUCUUUAUUGUGAAGUACGAGCUGCCGGAGGUGAUCCGGGCCUUCCUGCGUCUGGAGGAAAACACCGGGGAAUGGUACAUGAACGGCAACUACCUGGUGGUGUUCGUGUCCGUCGGGAUCAUCCUGCCCUUGUCCCUGCUCAAGAACCUGGGUUACCUGGGCUACACCAGUGGCUUAUCCCUUUCCUGCAUGGUCUUCUUCCUCUGCGUGCUGAUCUACAAGAAGAGCGUGCUGCCCUGCCCUCUCCCCUUCUUCGCCCACCAUUCAAACCUCAGCAUCAACGGCUCGGGGCCGUCGGGGCACGCGCUACAGACCCACCCGGUCCAGAUGGACUUCUCCAGGGCCGACGUCUCCCCGGCGGUCACCGGCGGCCACGGCGCCCAGGCCUCCACGGGGGUGAGCUACGAGCCCCACCCUGACGACGAGGAGAUGUGCACGCCCAGAUACUUCAUCUUCAACUCACAGACGUCGUACACCGUGCCCAUCCUGGCUUUUGCCUUCGUCUGCCACCCGGAGGUGCUGCCCAUCUACAGCGAGCUGAAAGACCGCAGCCGGAAGAAGAUGCAGAUGGUCUCGAACCUGUCCAUCCUGGCCAUGCUCAUCAUGUACAUGCUGUCGGCGCUCUUCGGCUACCUCACCUUCUACGAUUUCGUUGAGGCUGAGUUGCUCCACACCUUCACCAAAGUGUACAAGUUUGACACCUUGUUGCUGAUGGUGCGUCUGGCCGUGCUGACGGCCGUCACCUUGACCGUGCCCAUCGUGCUCUUCCCGAUCCGCUCCUCCAUCAACACGCUGCUGUUCAGCGGCCGAGACUUCAGCUGGUUCCGGCACCUGGGCAUCGCCGCCGCCAUCCUGGCCUUCAACAACCUGCUGGUCAUCUUCGUCCCCACCAUCAGGGACAUCUUCGGCUUCAUCGGCUCCUCCGCCGCCACCAUGCUCAUCUUCAUCCUCCCCGCCGCCUUCUACCUCCGCCUGGUCAAGUCGGUGCCGCUGAAGUCCCCGCAGAAGAUCGGGGCCGCCAUCUUCCUGGUGGUGGGAGUGGUGUUCAUGAUCGGCAGCUUGUCGCUCAUCGUGCUCGACUGGAUCCACAACCCCCCGGGCUCCGGCGGCAGCCACUAAGCCGGCUCUCAUCUUCUUCUGGAUUGACAUUUAAGACAACACCACCACCCCCCCGCCCCUCCCCAGUCCCACUGCAUGUCUUCUGGUCUGCUUCAUGUCAAAGAGUCCUCCAUCCAUCCAUCCAUCCAUCCCAGUCCCCCACAUUCACCGCUGCCGAUGGGCCGGUACCGGUACCGGGCCGUGGCGGGGCCAGAGGCCCCCCCUCCCCGGACAGGCCUUCACUGGAGCAAUCAUCAAAUUUCAACGUGCACACAGGACGUAUGGCAUUUUCAGAAU